AUGAAUAUACGUUAUGCUACUCCCGAAGACUUGAUGAACAUGCAGCACUGUAAUUUAUUGUGUCUGCCUGAGAAUUACCAAAUGAAGUACUAUUUCUAUCAUGGAUUGUCAUGGCCUCAGCUUUCUUAUGUUGCUGAAGACGAGAAAGGGAAAAUAGUUGGUUAUGUACUAGCAAAAAUGGAGGAAGAGUCUGAUGAAGCAGCUCACGGUCACAUUACCUCUCUUGCUGUGAAACGUUCACAUCGAAGACUUGGCUUAGCGAGAAAACUUAUGGAGCAAGCAUCCAGAGCUAUGGUGGAAUGUUUUAAUGCCAAAUAUGUAUCACUUCAUGUAAGGAAAAGUAAUAGAGCAGCUUUACAUCUGUAUACGAAUACUUUAAAGUUUACUAUUUAUGAUGUUGAGCCAAAAUAUUAUGCUGAUGGUGAAGAUGCUUAUGCUAUGAGGAAAGACUUAAGUGAUGUUACCACUGAAAUUGCAAAAUCCCUGGAAGCUGUCAAAGUUCUGGACGCUUGACUUUUUUUAGGUUCAAUGUAUAUUAAAUGUCUUUUUAACAGCAACACUUUGCAUUUGAAGGAACAAGAAACCACCUAAAUGAAAAUAUGACAAACAUGCUUGUAAAUGAUCUAAAAUAGUCUAUGAGCAAACAUUUUCUAUUAAGGCAGUUUGUACAAUGUUUGUAAAUUAAUCUUGAACCUUAUAUUACUGUAUUUCUAAAGUGAUAUCUAGUGGUAGUAAAAAACCAAUAAAUGAAUUGUUUUCCUGGCA